GAGCUGAUGUGAGUUCAGCAGCAUGGACCAGUGUGAGGAAACUUCACAGGAGAGCCAGAGCAAAGAUAAGAGGAAUGGAUCCGGACCUGGAUCCAGCUGUGAGUCCUGUAAGAGCGAUGGGUCGAAGAAUAUUAUAUUUGAGUUUAAAGAAGCACAAUCUUCUGCUGCAAAGAGAGUUGAUGAGGAGAACUCAGAGGUUCCCAGUGUUCAGUCUGACCAGCAGCAGGAUCUGGACGCCAUAUUCAUGCUGCUGGAGGAAAACAUGGUGACUUUUGUAAAGAAUGAGCUGAAGAAGAUCCAGAAGGUUUUGAGUCCAGAUUAUCCAGAAUGCUCAGAGAGUCAGAGGAAGGAUGAAGUGUUGGAGGGUGAUGAUGAAGAGCAGAGGAGCAGCAGAGAGAUGUUUCAUCAGAUCACAGUGUUCUUCCUGAGGAGGAUGAAGCAGGAGAAGCUGGCUGACCGUCUGCAGUAUACCUUCAUCAACUCUGGAAUCAACCUGCUGGAAGAACAACAACAAACAACCUCCAAGAAACCUGAUCCAACACGUUUCUACCAAAGAGCUGUGGAUGAGGCCUUACAGAGUCCAAACGGACACCUGGACUUGUUCCUGCGCUUCCUCCUGGGUCUGUCACUGCCGACCAAUCAGAAUCUCCUACGAGGCCUGCUGACACAGACACAAAGCAGCUCACAGACCAAUCAGGAAACAGUCAAGUACAUCAAGAAGAAGCUCAGUGAGAAUGUGUCUGCAGAGAGAAGCAUCAAUCUGUUCCACUGUCUGAAUGAACUGAAGGAUGGUUCUCUAGUGGAGGAGGUCCAACAGUCCCUGAGAUCAGGACGUCUGUCCACAGAAAAACUGUCUCCUGCUCAGUGGUCAGCUCUGGUCUUCAUCUUACUGUCAUCAGGAGAAGAUCUGGAUGUGUUUGAUCUGAAGAAAUACUCUGAUUCAGAGGAGGCUCUUGUGAGGCUGCUGCCAGUGGUCAAAGCUUCUAAGAAAGCUCUAUUGAGCAGCUGUAACCUCUCAGAUAGAAGUUGUGAAGUUCUGUCCUCAGUUCUCAGCUCUGAGUCCUCCAGUCUGACAGAACUGGACCUGAGCAACAACAACCUGCAGGAUUCAGGAGUGAAGCUGCUUUCUGUCGGACUGAAGAGUCCUCACUGUAAACUGGAGAGUCUCAGGCUGUCAGGUUGUCUGGUCACAGAGGAAGGCUGUGCUUCUCUGACCUCAGCUCUGACCUCCAGAUCCUCCACUCUGAGAGAGCUGGACCUGAGCUACAACCAUCCAGGAGAGGCAGGAGAGAAGAUGCUGUCUGCUGCUCUGGAGGAUCCACACUGCAGACUGGACACUCUCAGGGUGGAGUCUGCAGGAGUCCAGUGGUUGACGCCAGGUCUGAGGAAGUAUUCCUGUGAACUGACAGUCGACACAAACACAAUAAACACAAACCUCCAACUGUCUGACAACAACCGGACUGUGACAUAUGUGGAAGAGGUUCAGUCGUAUCCUGAUCAUCCAGACAGGUUUCAUGACUGGCCUGAGCUUCUGUGUACAACUGGUCUGACUGGUCGCUGUUACUGGGAGGUUGAGUGGAGAGGAAAGGUUGAUGUAGCAGUGAGCUACAGAGGAAUCAGAAGGAGAGGAUACAGAGAAUGUGUGUUUGGAUUUAAUGAUCAGUCCUGGAGUCUGGAGUGUUAUAAUGGUGGUUACUGUGUCAGGCACAAUAACAUUGGAGCCGCCAUCUCCUCCUCAGCCUCAGUCUCUCACAGAGUAGGUGUAUAUGUGGACUGUCCUGCUGGAACUCUGUCCUUCUACAGAGUCUCCUCUGGCUCUCUGAUCCACCUCCACACCUUCAACACCACAUUCACUGAACCUCUGUAUCCUGGGUUCUGGUUCAAGUCUGGUUCCUCAGUGUCUCUGUGUUGAGUUGA